AUGGCAACGGAUCCCCAUUAUCUCCUCUCCCAGGUGGAACUCAAACCCGGUGACCUGAUUGAGAUCUUCCGCUCAUGCUACCAGCACUGGGCCAUCUACGUCGGCGAUGGCAAAGUCGUCCACCUGGCUCCUCCUUGUGAGCACCCCAUGGAUGGCGUUGCCAGCGUCCUGGCAGCCCUGUCCGACAGAGCCUUUGUGAAGAAGGACUGGCUGGAGGACGUGGUGCGCAAGGACCGCUACCGGGUGAACAACAAGCACGACGAGACGCACCCCCCGCUGCCGGUCUCCAAGAUUGUCCGCUGGGCCGAGGAGCUGGUGGGGCGCGAGAUGCCCUACAACCUGACCAGCCACAACUGUGAGCAUUUCGUCAUGGAGCUGCGCUACGGUGUGGCCAUGAGUGAUCAGGUCACGGAAGCUAUAGCCAUGGGCACUGUGGGGGUGAUGGGCGUGGCGGCAGCUGUGAUCAGAUCCAUGGCUCAGCGACGCAAGCAUCGGAAGGAAUAG